GGAUCGCUGGUGGCAAGUGCGGAUCGUCGUGGGUCGUCAGUACCGCCCGAGCUAGCGACGCGUUAAGAUCCGAACCCGAAUCGUAACCAACACGAGAAACUUACACUGCGCGCACCGUUACACUUUUGUGCUGGGAGCGAUCGAACACUAAUACACUGACCAACGAAUUUCCCGCACAUCGAAGAGAUUUUCCCUCCCCAUUGAACUGUACUUGGAGCGUACGUUGCGUUUUUGGAGUUUUGGAAAAGUGCACACUAAAAACUAAUUGAAAAUGCAGUACUCGAGCAGUUCGGAAAAUUACUCAUCCUCGUUGCGGGACAAGCCCUCAAAAUGGGGCAGGAACGACAAGAACUACGCCUAUAAGAAGUCAUCCUAUCAAUACUCAAGUUCUGGCGACAACAAUGUCUCGUACCAGGGCAAAUCCCCCGACCAGAACAUAGAUCAAUUGGAUGCCUUGCUGGAGGAUCUGAAGCAGGAACGUCAGAUUACCAACAGGGAACGCGAUCUGCUGCCCAGCAAUGGAACCACUUAUAGGACACUUGAGCGCACUGAUCCUUCGGGCACCGUAACGAGGACUACGCGAGUGGUGAAGACCAGCAAGCACUCGGGUACCGGUGGCCAGCAGCCAUUUAUUGAUGAUGUGGAGACCUUCAGUCCCACCGAUUACAGCACCCUUCAGUCCACGGCCAAGUACUCCAGCUUGAAGAGGGAUGAGUUCCAGACCAAGGACAAGCCCUAUACUCUGGCCCACUCUCCCAGUGGUGGACAGUACGAGAGCAAGUCGAAGAUCUACGAGAGCAAUCGCACCAUUAACAACAACGUGGAGCUGCUGCCCGCUACGAGCAGCACCCAUCAGACGUUGACCAGCGGCACCACCAUCGACAAGGAGCUGCAGGACAUCGCCCUGAGCGAUGGCAUCCUGCCCGCCCCAGGCACCAAGGUGACCACCACGGUGAGGACCUACACCUACGAGAUCCCGGCCACUGGGCCCGGCAGCAACACCAGCACCAUUAACCGCACUCACACGCUGAACAACUCGAAUACGCUGAGCAACAGCUACAAGCUCCACGAGAGCCACAACUCCAGUCAGAACUUCUCGCAGCUUUCGCCCGUUCCGCACCCACAACCCACGCACACUGUGCCACAGACGGUGGUGUACAACACGGAGAGCUACUCCACGCUGAACAGGAAUGGCGAUCGUCCGGUGGUGAGCAACCAGUCCUACGAGAUUAGGGAGCACAAGGAGACCACCACUCGCGGUGUGAGCCCACAGCCCCGUCAAUUGCCUUUGGGAUCGGGUCCGGCGGGAACUCCACCGGGCAACCGUACGGUCAUCUACAACAUCCACAAGACGGAUCACGUCAACACAGUCAAUGAGCUGCCACCUCAGCAGCGCUAUCCGCCGCGCAGUCCGGCCCACAGUCCCAAUUACGGAGGACCACACAGUCCACCACUGCAGCCGGGAGUGAAUCGCUACUACUACAAGGAGACAGAGACCUCAAACACGGUCAACAGCAUCCACGGACCGCCGAACGGUGGACCCUGCGAGCCGGGUCUACCUCAGUCCGCUCCCCUGAAGCAGCUGCCACCCAACAACGCGUACCCACAGCAGCCACCAAAUGGCAAUGGUUAUCCCCCAAAUUCGACCACUUACAGCUACAAAUACUCCUCGACCACCAACACAAACAACCGACGUGGUCCUGACUACGGCUCCCCAUCUCCAUUCCCCGUGGAUGGCGUCGAGUAUCCAGUGAAUAGCAAUCCUCCCCAGCGCGUGGACGAUCUGAUGCAGUCAUUCGGCACUACCACUGACCAUGUGGAUCGCGUGGACAUUGAGACUCCAGUGCGCAAGCGUGAAAUCGAGACGGCGGUUGCCUCGCCCAACCAGCAGCAUGUGCCAUCCGUGAACAAGGCGGGAAAAGAGGUGUACUAUCCACCUGGUCACGACACCAUCGUGAUGAAGCGCGAGGAGAUGCAUGCUGGAUCCGCCUCAGGCGGUCGCUGGGCCAAGGGAUCCGGAAUGUACGAGUACGAGUCCGGCUCCAAGUCAAAGACGAAAACCAAGUCCGGUGCCGCCAUGGUGCCCGUGUGCCUGCCCCUCUGCUGUGCCAUGCCCUGCUCCAUUAUGUAGGGCGGGCGGGCAUCGCCGGACAUCGGAACACCGUAACUUGUACAUAGGUUUCUAAUAUUUGCCGUUAAUAGUUCUAACUGCUAAAUCCUGCCCCGUGUUUUUGAUUGCUCUCUACUAGGUCGUCUAACUUCUAUCGGGCUUGCUUGUCAAUUGGUUGUACGCGUAAUUUGUUUGCCAAAUUUUAUGUCUAUAUAUCUAUACGUUAUUGUCUAUGUAUAUAAUUUGUGAAGCGUCAUCUACGGAUGGACCGGUUGUUAUACUUUUUUUUCGGAUUUGGUAGUUUAUCCGCACCUAGUUUGCUCAAAAUUGUUGCUCAAGCAUUUAAAUUCGCCAGUGGGAUGCCCAAAAAGUUUACUCGAUGCCAAUUGUUUUAACUUAAAUUUGCAUACCGCAUACCAAACACUAAUAAAUGAGCCGUGGAAUCCAAUUCCCCUAUUAUUCGUUUCGCCAGCGCCCCCAAAUACCCACUAAUCAUAAACCAUAAUCGUAACAGCGACUUAAAAGGUAACUCAGUCGUUACAGAGCCAUAAAUACUAUUUCUAAUACACGUAGUAACCAUAAUAAAAAACGAGAUCUAACAAACGAA